GCUACCCAGAGCUCAGCUCUGAGCCAACGGGACACGGCGCUGUCUAACUCCCGCCCCGGGAGAGCGAGAGAGCUGGUGCGUGUGUAUUUAAUUCUGCCGACUCAGACCGAAUGUGUUGUGUUUGGUGCAUUAAGGAGGGGACAGGCGGCGAAAUAGGCUCGGCACUGUAACCUCGGCCAUGGAAUGGGGAAAGAGCCGCCGAGUGUUGGAUCCCAACAAGCCCUGUCACUUGAUUUAGUGGGAAGGGGAGAGCGUGAGGACGAUGGUGACCACCAUGUGCUGCGACUCGACCGCGUUGCCGAGGGAUAGGACGCCUGCACUUUGGCUCCUCGUGUAUAUAUUCAUCGUGACCUCGCAGAGUUCUCAACAAGUCCUCAGAAUCGGUCCUGAAGUCCCAACAACAUGCAGCAUUUCUCUGAAUUCUGUCAAUAUUAUGUACAUCUUUCCUGUAGGAGGUAUUUUUGAAACUACUGAAAAUGAGCCAAUUAGUAUUGAAGAGAUGGCCUUCAAGUUUGCAAUCACCAGUAUAAACAGAAAUAAGACUUUGAUGCCUAAUGCCACACUCACUUAUGACAUACAGAGAAUUAAUCUUUAUGACAGCUUUGAAGCUUCAAGACGGGCUUGUGAUCAGCUUACUCUAGGAGUAGCAGCUGUGUUUGGACCUUCCCACAGUUCUUCAAUAAGUGCGGUUCAAUCUAUCUCUAAUGCAAUGGAAGUUCCACACAUCCAGACACGUUGGAAACAUCCCAUACUAGAUCAGAAGGACUCAUUCUUCAUUAACCUUUAUCCAGAAUAUACAUCUAUUAGUAGAGCCAUCCUGGACCUGGUGCAGUACUACAAAUGGAAGACAAUUACCAUUGUUUAUGAAGACAGCACAGGUCUUAUUCGAUUACAAGAACUAAUGAAAGCUCCCUCCAGAUACAACAUUAAAGUUAAAAUUCGUCAGCUGCCGGCAGGUAACAGAGAUGCUAAGCCUCUUCUGAAACAGAUGAAAAGGGGGAAGGAAUUCUACGUGAUAUUUGACUGCACAUAUUCAACUGUAGCCCACAUAUUGAAACAGAUACUUUCGAUGGGAAUGAUGACUGAGUAUUAUCAUUACUUUUUCACCACGCUGGAUCUCUUUGCACUGAACUUAGAACCAUAUCGAUACAGUGGUGUCAAUAUGACAGGGUUUCGCCUUCUAAAAAUUGAUGACCCACAUGUUGCAUAUGUUACUGAGAAGUGGUCCAUGGAACGACUUCAAGCGCCACCCAAACCUGAUUCUGGUCUCCUGGAUGGGAUGAUAACAACAGAUGCAGCCCUGAUGUAUGAUGCAGUGUACGUGGUAUCUGCAGCUUUCCGACAAGCCUUUCAAAUGACUGUCAGCUCCUUGCAGUGUCACAGGCACAAGCCCUGGCGAUUUGGAUCUCGGUUUAUGAAUCUCAUCAAAGAGACUCAGUGGGAUGGCCUAACAGGUCGAAUUGCCUUCAAUAAAACUGAUGGGAUGCGGAAAGAUUUUGAUUUGGAUAUUAUAAGUCUGAAGGAAGAAGGCCUGGAGCAGAUUGGAAUCUGGAAUUCAAACACAGGACUUAACAUGACAGCCAGUCUGAAGGACAAGCCCUGCAAUAUCACUGACUCAUUGGCCAAUAGAACUCUCUUGGUUACCACUAUUUUGGAAGAUCCCUAUGUGAUGCAUAAGAAAUCUGACAAGCCCCUUUAUGGAAAUGAUCGCUUUGAGGGUUAUUGCCUUGACUUAUUGAAAGAAUUAUCAAAUAUUCUGGGCUUUACCUAUGAAGUUAGGCUGGUAGCUGAUGGAAAGUAUGGGGCACAGAAUGAGAAGAGUGAGUGGAAUGGAAUGGUUGGAGAACUCAUCAACCAUAAAGCAGAUUUAGCAGUUGCUCCUCUAACUAUUACCUACGUGCGGGAGAAAGUGAUUGACUUCUCAAAACCCUUCAUGACUCUGGGCAUUAGUAUCCUCUACCGUAAACCCAAUGGCACCAACCCCGGUGUUUUCUCCUUUCUCAAUCCAUUAUCUCCUGAUAUUUGGAUGUAUGUGCUACUGGCCUGCCUUGGGGUCAGUUGUGUGCUGUUCGUUAUUGCCAGCACAGUUGAAUGGUUGACAGGUUUGCUGGUGCACUGUGCAUUCAUCCGAAAUUUGAAGACUAUUUCUGUUAAUUACCACAGGUUUACACCAUACGAAUGGUACAAUCCACAUCCUUGCAAUCCUGACUCGGAUGUAGUGGAAAACAAUUUUACUUUACUAAAUAGUUUCUGGUUUGGAGUUGGAGCUCUCAUGCAGCAAGGAUCAGAACUGAUGCCCAAAGCCCUCUCCACAAGAAUAGUGGGUGGAAUCUGGUGGUUUUUUACAUUAAUUAUAAUCUCUUCAUACACUGCCAACUUGGCUGCCUUUCUAACUGUGGAGAGAAUGGAUUCCCCCAUAGACUCUGCGGAUGACUUGGCAAAGCAAACCAAAAUAGAAUAUGGUGCUGUCAGGGAUGGAUCCACAAUGACUUUCUUUAAGAAGUCAAAAAUUUCAACCUAUGAGAAAAUGUGGGCAUUCAUGAACAGUCGAAAACAAACUGCUUUGUUGAAGAACAAUGACGAGGGAAUUCAGCGUGUUCUCACCACUGACUAUGCCCUUCUGAUGGAAUCAACCAGCAUUGAAUACGUCACUCAGCGCAACUGCAACCUGACCCAAAUUGGCGGGCUCAUUGACUCCAAAGGAUAUGGUGUCGGAACACCUAUAGGGUCUCCGUACAGAGAUAAAGUCACAAUAGCAAUCCUGCAGCUCCAGGAGGAAGGAAAACUGCACAUGAUGAAGGAGAAAUGGUGGCGUGGCAAUGGCUGCCCAGAAGAGGAUAACAAGGAAGCAAGUGCUCUUGGAGUUGAAAACAUAGGAGGAAUAUUUAUUGUGCUUGCUGCGGGGCUAGUGCUCUCAGUCUUUGUAGCUAUCGGUGAAUUUAUAUACAAAUCCAGAAGAAACAGUGACGUUGAACAGUGCUUUACAUUCAGCACCGUGAUCGAGGAACUCUGUAUCUCACUUCGCUGCCACAAAAAGGUGAACAAAAAUUCCAGAACCAGGAGAAAAUAUGGACUGUCAAGCAUCCUCAUGUGUCAUCAAAGACGGAUUGUGCGAAAAGAGACUAUAACAUGAAAUUGAAACCUGCAAAGAGUCCUCGAAACGAUCUGCAAUUAUGCUGUUACCUCAUGGAAAAUUUGCCAGAUUAUUGGACCUCCCGACAAAAGAUAAUGUUGGGAUUAAAGAACUCUUUGAACUGAUUGUUUUUUUCUAAGUCAUUGUAUGAUGGUGAAAAGUUUUGUGAUCAAUUGUUUCUUCAUCCAUUUGCAGAAUUGGGUGGUUUAAGUGGUUACCUUUGUACUUAACUGAUCAGUGCAGCUGAAACAGUCCCUUGCAGUAUCUUUGUAGCACGAGAAUCUUCUAAAGAAUAGUCACUUUCUCUUGGUGCUUACUGUUCAACUAAAUGCAUUUAUUAAAGUCUAAGUGGUGAAACAUCUUAAAAGAUCCAAUUCUUCUUCUCCAUAAUCAUUGCUAUGCUGUAACAGCUGCAGCAGAUAGUUGAUUAAAGAAAAACAGGGCUUUAUUUGAGUUUAAUUUAUAAAAAUUCCUGUUGAAUUCACCACUUAGUCUAUCAUUUUGCUACAGAUCAUUUGGCUAGAUCCUCAUACUCAAUCUCCUCUUCUGUUCCCCUGAAGCAGAAUGUUUUGCUUCUGCAAUGCACAUAACCUCAUGUAUGAUACUGUUGGAAGCCCUGCAUUGUGAUAAAUAGGUCCAUUAGUUUAUUGGAUUUCAUUUCAUUGUGGGCACUUGUAGACAGUGAAUAAGUUAUCUACAGAUUAAAUAAUCUGCUAUGCUUCAUUAAAUCAUUUUAAGUUUAAAAAAAAAAUUUCAGAAGGGCCAGGACUGAGCAUUUACAAGUUUUCGCAGUUCUACCA